AUCAAACUGCGGUGCCGCCUUUGCCUUCGGUAACUGUUGCUUUGCGCCUUGAAACUUAAGAGAGAUAUUAGAAAAGGGGUUUAGAGGACGAGGAAGAAGAUCAGGAGGGGCCACCUUGCUUCCCGCGUUUUCCAUUCCCAAUUCACUCUUCUCUCUCAUGCGUGCAAGCUAUCUUCAUUACCCCAAUAUCUAACCCCCCCCCCCCCCCCAACCCACCUUUUCUUCACUUUGCUCUCUCUCAUUCUAAAGUUAUAAGCUUUCCCUCAUCGUUGCUAUAAUCUCAGCCCCUGAAAUUCUCUGAUUUUGCUUUAAAAAACAGAAACCCAUCUUUCUAUCUGAAAAGAGUUUCCUUGUUUAUACCCACCUACUGUUCGGUAAAAGUUACAGGUUAGAUAGUUUGUCUGGUUUUGUGAGGUGGGUUUGGGAAAAAGUUUAAAGCUUUGGAUGAUUUUGUGGUUUUUUGUGAAGUUGGGUUGUUCAUUUGUGCGUGUUCAAUCUCUGCUUUUGUUUGAAAAGGAGCUGCUUCUGCAUUUGUUUAUUGGUUCUGAUUCAUGGUCGUUUGUUUAGCUUCUGUGUGAGGAAGAAAGGGUGGCAGGCUGGCUAAGCCGCUAAGGUUGUAAGCUGACAUCUGGGUUUGUUGUGCUUUGUGUGAUUGUUUGUUUAGAUCUGAAUUGAAGCUAUGGGAAGCCAUAUGAGCAAGAAGACUGCAGCUGAGACAUCUUCGGCUGCUAUAAACCUGACCACUUUUCAGUACACAACUGAUCAAUUGAGCACAUAUGAGGCUGCUUGCAAGGUUGAUGCGGACUUGCAGUCGUUUGAUACCAACCUCCAGAACCGAACCAAUCAAGUCAUCAGCACUCUUGCAGCAGGAGUUGAAGUUCGAGCUCUCUCUUUUGAUUCGUUGAAACAAGUUACAGAAUGUCUGUUGGAGAUGAACCAGGAGGUUGUGAAGGUGAUACUGGAAUGCAAGAAAGACAUAUGGAAGAAUCAGGAAUUGUUUGAGCUGGUUGAGGAGUACUUUGAAAAUAGCUUGCAGACUCUUGACUUUUGUACUGCAUUGGAGAAGUGCCUGAAGCGAGCUCGUGAUAGUCAGUUGCUCAUUCUUGUUGCCCUUCAACAAUUCGAGGAGGAGACUGAGGUGGGAGGCAGUCGGUACACGAGGACAUUGGCAGAGUUGAAGAAUUUUAAGGCAGCUGGUGACCCUUUUACCGGAGAGUUCUUCCAAAUGUUUCAAACUGUUUACAGGCAACAACUAAUAAUGCUCGAGAAGUUGCACAUCCGAAAGAACAAGCUGGAUAAGAAGCUCAAGUACAUCAAUGCUUGGAGGAAGGUAUCAAGUAUCAUAUUUGUUGCUACUUUUGCUGCGGUCUUGAUUUGUUCGGUUGUGGCUGCAGCCAUGGCUGCUCCGCCUGUUGCAGCAGCUCUUGCUGCAGCGACUUCUAUCCCCAUUGGUUCAAUGGGGAAAUGGAUAGACUCUUUGUGGAAGAAUUAUGAAAGUGCUAUGAAGGGUCAGAAGGAAGUAAUUAGCUCAAUGCAAGUUGGUACUUAUGUUGCCAUCAAGGACUUGGACAGCAUUCGAGUUCUGAUUGACCGAUUGGAAAUUGAAAUUCAGUCGCUCAUAGAUGAUGCAAGCUUUGCUAUUGAGCAAGAAGCAGUUAGGAUUGCAAUAGACGAGAUUAAGAAGAAGUUGGGAGUAUUUAUGAAGAAUGUGGAGGAAUUAGGAUCUCAAGCUGAUAUGUGCAGCCGAGAUAUUCGAAGAGCAAGGACUGUGGUACUGCAGAGGAUCAUCAAGCAUAGCAACAACUGAAAACUCAAUCAAUCCUUGUAGCUCAACCAGGUUCUCCUUUGAUGUUGGAAGAUUCCAAAAUUGUGUGACUUUCUGUUUUCUAUUCAUCAUAUUUGUUUAUUUUUAGUUUGUACCUUGAAUCCGAGACAAUUGGAUGGAGUUGUGUAUAGAAAUAAUCCAAGACUCGUAUACAUU